AUGCUAGUCUGCUCGGUUGUGGGCUGUGUGGGUCUGGGAGGGUGUGUGUGUGGGAUAUCGCUGUGCCCGCUUCGCUUCUGCGACCCUCGGGUUUCCUCGGGUGCGUGCCACGCAACAAGCCCUCCGUCUGCACGAAGGGCGAUCAUAUCGCUGCCCUUGGCGACGUUGAGGGAGCUCCAGAAGCUCGCAGCACUCAAAGCAAAGGGUGUGAUCCUUGAACGACAGGACGAGGUGAUCAAGAAACAUGUGAAGGAGGGCAACUCCCUCUCGAGCGAAGACUGGGAGGCCUUCGAUUUGGCGUGGUACCUGAGGAGCAGCGGCGUGUUCUCGGGAGAAGAGUGGACCACGCAGUUUGAUGGAGACAUCUCGGGCAUCAUUAAAAGCGCUCGCCCUACACUGUCAGACGACGCGGCAGCGUCGUCUGCGUCCGGAAAGCGGUCAGCAGACGGUUGA